AUGGCUGCUGGAACUAAUGGUCAUCACAAUGAGCGUAUAAACAGCAGUUCCGAAAAGCGCUUCACGGGUAUUGGAACUGAAGCACAUCACUUGAAAGAGAACAAUAUGCCACAUGGCGACGCCUUGAAACGAUUCCGAACCGCUGGAAGUAUCUCGCUUUCUCCCGAGCUUUUCGAGAAGCUCUAUCUCUCAUCCCAAAAUGCCGUUAACGGCGAAUUACGGAAGACGUUUGGUAAUCCUACACCCUUGUAAGUAACCUGCUUGCCGCAUCAUCACACUCUUAGACGAAUUGAAAUCUCAUCUAGCUGUCCCCUCGGAUUCUUACUCCAUUAUCACCUCUCGCUUAUAACCUAGUGGGUUGGCGAGGAGCAGUUGGCAACGGCGCCGCAGGAAUCUAAGUUCCCACCCAGCUGUCCCAUUAGCCAUACCACAUCUCUAGCCUCCUCGAUACUGGAAGCUACUACUUCUUCAGCGGUCUCCUAAUGAGCCUCGGCGGCGUCCUAGAAUUCAUCCUAGGCAACACCUUCCCCUUCGUCGUCUUCAUGGCCUUCGGAGCCUUCUGGCUAACCCUCGCCUCCACCCUCCAACCUCCUACAUGGCCUACGGACUCUACGCACAACGGGCGCCUCAACUGA